AUGGUCAACGUUCGCCGUAAUAAGCGUGCGCGCACCGCGCUGAGUCAAUCUACUCUCAUGGUUACCUUGGCCAUUUGGCAACCCUCCAAGGAAGGAACUCUAGCCCAGCUUCCGGACGAGCUUCUCUUAAACAUCAUGUCCUUCCUCGAUGGCGAUACUCUGUUAGUGGUGGCAAAGCUAUGCAGAUCCUUGGGCCGCACCGCACAGGAACAGCUCUUUCACAGCAUCACAUUGGACACAAGACACCUCAAGGGUAUUUUCCACAGAGCUAGACAACUAACACGAACCCUUCUCUGUCGCCCAGACCUUCAAAGCAAAGUCAAAAACCUGUCAAUGUAUAUCGCACAAACUGGCCGUUCAACAACAAAUGAUCCAGACCCCCUCUCUCAAGAUCAAAAAACGAUUAUGGUGGAUAUGAUGGUAGAUGCCCACUGGGGCAUGAUCGGAGGGCGAAGUGGGCCGGCUGCUGAGGCAUAUCGCAACCGCUGUGGUGGCACGCUGGGAGCAGUUCUCAUCCUACUUCCUACGCUGAAGUCGCUGAACAUCAAAACCCAGUCUGUGAAGACAAGCAUUGCGCUCUAUACGCUGAUUUUUGGCGAGUUCAGAGCUCCUUUCCACAGCAUCCCGGCGUUCUCCAAGCUCCGCACCCUGACUAUCCAGCAACCCCCCAGCUGCCCUCCGCCCCCAUGGCUGCAUUUCGCCGCCCCAGAUUCCCUAUUGGAUCUCGGCAACCUCACACGGCUGGAACUUUCGAUCCUCAGUCCGCGUACUCUAGAGCCCUUCGCCGCUAGCGUCUUCACGCCGCCUUCGAAAAUGUUCGCGAUCAAACAUCUCUCGCUCGAACUGUACAAUUUUAGCGGUUUUCCGACUACCAAUGUCCGUCUGGCACACUUCCUUGCAUGCAUCGGUCCUCUAACUUCAUUCACGUACAAGGACGCUACAUUAUGGUGGGAGCGAGGCGACUCGCCGCAAGACAAUCUAGCCUACUGCGCACUACCGUCCCACCUUACGGCCUCUCACGAAAGCCUCGAGAAGCUCACCAUCGUCUGGCGAAAUUACGACUACACCGAGAAACCUCUAAAUGCCUAUCCCAUAACUACACUGCGGGAUUUUAAGCAACUCAGGGUCCUAGACAUCGAGCAGGGUGCUCUUGUGGGUCGUCCGAUUGAAAGAAUCAACAGGGCUUGGGAUCACCUGGCUGGACAAGAGGUGGAGGUUGGAGGCGGACUGCUGGAGAAGCUCCCACUGUCGCUGGAGACUUUGGUCGUCCAGGGCGCGGAUUUGAAUGUCAUCGGGCUUUGUGACGAGCUGCUGCUACAGAAGAGUAUGGCGGCGGAGCUGCGCGAUGAGGAAGGAUAUGACGGAGAGGGCAGGGCCUGUGCGCAGGCUGCAGAUGGUGAGUAUGGAGGCGGGCUUUACGAAAAUGAAGGUCUCUACAAGGAAAACUCGGAGUACGACAUCGACAAGGCAUCAAAAAGAGAAGGCGAGGGCUUGAACGCGUCCGGAACCUGCCACGCCAAGGAGCCAGAAGAGAAUCAAAAUAUGUUCCCAUUAGCGAGCCUCCGGAACGUCACCGUUAGGCUGAACAAGACCCGGCAAGUAGUACCAGCUACCUUGUUGGACCGCUGGGACAAGGCCGGUUGGAAGCUGGAUGGGGAGUUUGUGAUGGAAGACCGGAGUACUUGGCCUUGGAAAUUCCUAGUAGAACGAGUCGAGGUGUAG